UUACGGGUGUCCAUUCAUCCCACUGCCGUCUUUGGUCCUCCCUCCCUUUCCACACCCACCUUCCACCUCCCCACCUUUUGUCCUCGAUCCCUCCCUCCUCCAUCUCUAAUACCAACAUAUCCUCAUCGACCCAAGGCCGUUGUGAGAUUUUUGAGAUUUGAGGCGGUGGUUUUCUACUUCUCUCAUCUCUUCCUUCUCCCAUAUCUUCUCCUUUCUGCUUGUGUUUCUUCCCUUCUACCGGGUCCUAAGUCAUAAUCGUCGUCAGUCGGUGUCAUCGCAUUGAUCUUCCUUCCACGUCUUUCGAUUUGUUCCAGUCGCGAAAGUUCAUCGCUUGAAAUACUCCCUGUCGUCGAUUCUCUUCGACUUGCCUUUCCAAUCAAGCUCAUUUCAAGAUCCGAUUCCUUCGAAUCAUUUCGAGUCCUUCCAAGUCGAUUCUUAAUACUACUGUUGGGGACCUGCAACGCGAUUCAUCUUAUACUACGAUCCUAAGUACAUCUCGAUUUUAGACUCCUACGUAGUUUCAUACUCGUCGGACUCUUCGCAUCGAACAAAGGCUCGAGUUGCGCAGUCACUUUUGCAGCGAAAAAAAGCACAGUAAUACUUCACAACGUACAGACGAUGUCUGACCAAGCCCCUCCUCCGCCCGGGACGCAGCUCCCACCUCCACCUGGAACUGCCGGUGCUCCAGGCUACGAGAACGGCCAGAAUGGCAUGGGCAACCCGCACAUGCCUCCUCCGCCGCUCCCACCUGUCAUCAUCCCGCAGAACACGAAUCCCAUUCCAACAGCUAUAACCUCGCCGAUGUCGGGUGAGAAUGGGGUCAUCAUGUCUCCAGAUAGCCAGGGCGGGUUCGUUCGUCGUGCGGCCCCAGAGCCAAAUAAGCGUGCGCUCUAUGUUGGUGGACUUGAUCCUCGCGUGACUGAGGAUGUCUUGCGCCAAAUCUUCGAAACUACUGGACAUGUCCAAAACGUCAAAAUCAUUCCCGACAAGAAUGUUGGUGCUUCAAAGGGCUUCAACUACGGUUUCGUCGAGUACGAUGACCCAGGAGCAGCAGAGCGUGCUAUGCAAACUUUGAAUGGCAGACGUGUCCACCAAGCCGAAAUUCGUGUUAACUGGGCAUACCAGUCCAACACAUCUAAUAAGGAGGACACCUCUAACCACUUCCACAUCUUUGUUGGUGACCUUUCGAAUGAGGUUAACGAUGAGGUCCUUCUUCAGGCAUUCUGUGCUUUCGGAUCGGUUUCUGAGGCAAGAGUGAUGUGGGACAUGAAGACCGGAAGGUCCCGUGGUUACGGAUUUGUUGCUUUCCGUGAGCGCCAAGAUGCUGAAAAGGCUCUUAGCUCAAUGGAUGGAGAGUGGCUCGGAUCCCGCGCGAUACGCUGUAACUGGGCGAAUCAAAAGGGCCAGCCAUCGAUCUCCCAGCAGCAAUCCAUGGUUUCUACUGGACUUACUCCAACUACACCAUUCGGCCACCACCACUUCCCGACCCACGGUGUCCAAAGCUACGAUAUGAUUGUCCAGCAAACUCCCCAGUGGCAAACCACCGUCUACGUUGGCAACCUUACGCCAUACACGACCCAGAACGACCUUGUACCCCUUUUCCAGAAUUUUGGAUACGUUGUUGAGACCCGCUUCCAGUCUGAUCGCGGCUUCGCUUUUGUUAAGAUGGACACACACGAGAACGCUGCUAUGGCGAUUUGCCAACUGAGUGGCUACAACGUCAACGGCCGCCCAUUGAAGUGCAGCUGGGGCAAGGACAAGGCACCUUCUCAACCAGGGUUUGAGGGAACCCCAACCGGCUACAGCCCUCAGAGUGCUCAGACUCCUGCCUACCCUGGGACACCAUCCGCAUAUUUCCCCCAGUACGGUGGAAUGCCACCUCAACAAGGCCCCCCAUCAGCCGGACCCAUGCCUAACCAGCAGUCCCCAGCACAGUAUGGUGGCCAGCCAGGCGGCUACGGAGGACCACCUCAACAGUCUCCUGCCGGGUAUGGAGGCCAGCCAAUGGGAUACGGUGGCCCACCAAGCGCAGGUGGUUACGGCCGUGCACAACAGACGCCGACCGCUCAAUGGAGCCAACCGGCCUCUCAAGGGUUCGGGCAAGCUGGUUUUGGUGGCUACCAAGGCUAGUUCGGGUCCUAAAUUCGACUGAACCGCUGACCUCUCUCCCCUGAUCAUGUUUUUGGGUGGCGGCGUGUGAGUCGUCAGGUGCGGGGUUUCGGUUAUCACUUACUUCUUCUGUUCCCUGCGUUUUUAAUUCGGUCUCUUCAUGACGACGACAGAGCGACAGUGGGAACCAUUUGUUGGAUAGUUCACAGCGAUGAUUUGCCUAGGGUUUUCUUAUUAUAGCAUUCUCUCUCUCACAAUCGCCCCAUUUUCCUCUCCUCUCUCGUCUUGUGGCAAGGUGCAGAAGCUAUGAUAUCAUGUUGUCGUCUCGUGUCUUCAAAUCAACAAAAAGCAUGUGGUGUUCGUUUUUUUCUGGGAUAUGUUUUUAUGUGCUUGAAACUCUGGAGGAUUAGUUUCUUCCUACCUCUUUCUACUACUACCAACCUCUACUCCACGAUGAGGCAUAUAAUUUGCGUGUUUUUGGCCCCUUUGUAUGCUCGGUUUAUUUUUCUCGUGUUGUGUGUGGUGGUGUGACGAGUUUGACGAAUUCUCUAUACUAUCGUGCGACUACCCCCUGGCUGUUUUAUUUUUUUCGUAGCGCGCCACUGGCGCCUGCCUGUCAUGUAAUGAUGGUUUUUGGAUGGAAGAUUGAUCGGGAUCUUUAAAUUGGAGACGUUUAUUUGAAGGGCAGGGAGAGUUACUUCUGGCUGUGGUGGGAGUAGGGGACUGAGAAUGAAUACACAUAGUCUUGACUAUGGAUAAUUGAAG